UCUGGAAUAUUUGUACUUUAUUUGUGUUUGCAAUUCAUUUUUAUGUAUUAAAGUUAAAAUUGUAUUUUUUAUACCGAUGUUCAAUGAUGUUACUAGAGGAUGCUGAGUUCCCACUGUGUUCUUACGAUUCGAAUGAUUGUAAACAUUUUUCGAUGUUGAGGACUGUGUAUCGUUCUUUGGUACAGGAAGAGAAUGUUGAUUUCGACUGGGAGAAGAUUGGGUUUCAGAGUAAUUCACCUGGAACUGAUUUACGAGGUGUUGGUAUGCUGGGAAUACUACAAAUGUUGUACUUGUGCCUUAACUGUUCUGUUUUGAUGGAAUUUUUGUACGUAACUUCCAUAGACAAAUACAACACUUUUCCUUUUGCUGCUGUUGGUCUGAACAUGACGAGAAUCACCUUAAGUGUCUUGCGAUACGAGAAAUUGAAUAAAGAGAUAAAUAAGAACGGAGUUUUUGAAGCUGCGAAUAAAUUUUAUGCUUCAAUUUUUUACGCAUUUGGUAAAUUGUGGGUUAGUAAGAAGAAGACUAUAUCUGAUGUGGGGGCCAUGUUCCAAGAUAUAGAAAAAAUCUCUGCCAGAAGAAGUAAUAGAAGAAAGAUGGCAAGGGAAUUAAAGGUAUUUCUUAGAGAAAAGUGUUUUCGAGAUAAAUGAAUCAAUUUAAAAAAUAUUUUUUCAUUUCUAUUAUAAUGUAUAAAGCAAGUGUGCAUACGAUAUUUACAUAAGUCAAACAAAGUCUGUUGUAACGUUAACGGGUCGUUCUAAUUUAUAAAAUGUUACAAAAGCUAUAACACCGUAAGUCUAAUGGCUAGAUAUUAUUUGCUAUUCAAAAUGUAUUGAAUUAUAAUUAA